UUUUCCAACGUUCAUCUGGGGCGUGAUGGACCAAAAAUGGCCAAUGAUGACGAAGGCAUGCAAAUGGAGGCUCCAAAAAGUGGAUGUAAUCGGGUUGGCAGUUAUUCUUACGAGCCAAAUGGCUUCAAAUUCGGCGACGCUCCCUUCAGUUACUCCGAAACGAAGAUUCCCACGCGAAACUUGUGGCAGCGAAAUUUCCUCAUUCAAACGGAUUUCCGCACUUUUUACCCGAACGGCAUCUUAUUCGUGGCUCCCGGUACGAAAGAGAAGCAAAAGCAUUACAUCAUGUUGACGCUGCGUGAUGGCAUGUUGACACUCAUCAUUCGGGGUCGCAAGAAGCAAAGUCUCCAUUUGCCGGUGAAAGUGAACGACGGACAAUGGCAUCGUGUGCAACUCGUGACUUUCAAUCGAACCGCCACGCUGAGUGUCACGUUGCAGCACAAAAACACGCAUGCACAACAAAUGAAGAUACCAAAGAAAUUGAAUGCUUCGAAUAAAUUGUUUGUCGGCGGUUUGCCGGACGAGGCGAUGCACCUGCCGAGCGAAUUGGUAUCGAAAUUGGAGGGAUUCAAGGGAUGUCUGAGGAAAUUUAGCGUGAAUAACGUCACGCAGGAUCUGGCAAAAGUGAAUUCUCACAAAAAUGUGGGACAAUGUUUCCCGCGCGUGGAAAAGGGAUCGUAUUUUCCGGGAGACGCGUACGGAAUUUACAAACGAAACUUCAACGUAGGAAGAGUUCUCGAACUACAACUGGAGUACAAAACAUCCGAACUGAAUGGAAUCUUGUUGAGCGUGAGUGACAGAGAUGGAUUUCCCGCACUUUCACUCGAAAUGAACAACGGAAAUAUCGUUUUUUCCACUGACAUGGGCGACGGCAUUCCCCUUCGCGCCACAAAAUCCAUGGACUCCAAAUACGCCCUUUGCAACAACAAAUGGCACACAGUCUACGCUCUCUACGACUCCGAGCAAAUAUUUGUGCGAGUCGACAAUCUGACCAGUGUUUAUGACGUCACGCCGAAUCGCGGCAACAAAAUUCAGACAAAAUCGCCGUUGUACAUCGGCGGCAUUCCGGAACAAGCCUCACAGGGGACAUUGUUGUCGCGCGAAAACUUCAAAGGAUGCAUCAACAAUGUCGUGAUUCGGGGAGAUUUGAAGGAUUGGACCGACUACGAUCAUCUGCACAACAUUUUGCUCAACGAGUGUCCCGCGACGCAAUAGAAACUUCAUUGUACGAAGUUGUCUGAACUGCCAUCAAAGUGUUUAGAAUAGGAAAUUUUUGUAAAUAACUUUUUUUUUUAAUUAAUCGCGUGUGUCUGAAAAAAUCUCUGAAAUGUAAAGGAGAAAUAAUAAUUAAUUAAUAAGAAAAAUU